GUGUAUGCGAUCCCUGGUCCGGCGGGUGUGACCCUCAUGAAUCAGCUGGCGUGGUAUCCGGGGAACACAAACCAUGCGCACAAUGGUCACAAUGCUUCCGCAUCUGUGACAGGUCAGUCUGACAUACGGCUGCUUAGCCUUAUUGAUUUUGACUCAAGGUAAAAUGCCCAGUCUCUGGGGGUUCAUUCUUGCCAUCCUAGGGACAAUUUUGGUUCUCAGCAUGAUUGUUUUACUUUGCUACCAACUGGUACAGAAGAGGCGCCGGGAGAGGCUGCAACAGAGGAUUGAGUCUGGAGAGGCAGACAUGGAGAUGUUGGGUUUGCACCUCAUGAAAGUCCCACAGGAGAUCUUAGAUACACUGCCAAUAUACACAUAUCCGGAUUGGAGCGCAUUGGGUGACACCACUGAGCCCAACGACAAGAGUUCUUUACGGUCCAAGGAACUCCAAGAAUGCACAGAGAAACAGGAGGAAACAGACACGAGCCCCGACACCAUCACAGCGACUGAGGUACGGGAUGACAAGAAAGAAAGCCAAGAAAAUGAAGAGUCGGGAGGGGAACACUUGUCGGGCAAUGCCGACAACUCCCCCAGCGCGCCGUCCCGUUCGUUGUCAACCAACGCCUGUGCCAAAGGCCGCCCUCCCAAGCUUAAGAGAUUGAGCCACUCGCAAACCACAUGUGCCAUCUGCCUCGAGGACUUCGUCCCGCAUGAGUCUACUGUCCGCGAACUCACCUGCGGUCAUAUCUUCCAUGUCGAGUGCAUCGAUGCGUCGCUGACGCGGAAUAGCUGUCUAUGUCCGAUGUGCAAGAAAAGUGUUUUGCCGCCAGGGUAUUACCCGGCGCCUAUCACCAAUAGAGUAGUUCAUCGCGAUUUCAUGAUGCGGAGGGCGAAUUCGGCUUGAGUUGGAUUUUGUUCAGUGGUUGGUUUAUGUGGCUGUAUUUGAUGGAUAUACGUUAUGAUACCCUGCAUGGUUGGCUGUUUGUUUUUUGGUAUAGGUCAUAUCAUAUAAUACAUAGAUCUUCAGCUUUUAAUUUUGGGUCUUG